UGGCUCAUUUUGCCUGGCGAGAUCUGACGCGCGAUUGGGCUUCCUGGGAGCCACGUGAUCCAAACGGAUGAUGGCGGGCGCUGGGGAAGACGUGCGAGUGCUCUUCGGAGCUGCUGUCCGCGCGGCUCUGGAUGCUUGGCCUGCUUUACAGAUCGCUGUGGAGAAUGGCUUCGGGGGCGUGCACAGCCAGGAGAAGGCCGAGUGGCUGGGGGGUGCAGUGGAGGAUUACUUCAUCGCCAAUGCUGAUUUGGAUCUGGAAGAGGUGGAAGAUUUCCUUGGGGAGCUGAUGACCACUGAGUUUGAUACAGUUGUGGAAGAUGGGAGCCUGCCCCAGGUGAGUCAGCAGCUACAGACCAUGUUCCACCACUUCCAGAAGGGUGAUGGGGCUGCUCUGCAGGAGAUGACUGCUCAGAUCAACCAAAAAAAGUGCAAGGUCAUGGCUACUCCACUUAAGACGGCCGAAAAACCUGAUGUGGCUGAAGAUGAUGUGGACAGCGUGGAAGAAAUGGAGGUGAAAGAGGUGACAGCUACAAAUGAUGGGCCCACAGCGGAUGUGGUCUGCCCCCAGCCUCAACCCUCUGAUCCAGACCCCCAGACUAUUAAGGAAGAGGAUAUAGUAGAAGACGGGUGGACCAUUGUCCGGAGAAAGAAAUGAGUAGGGCAGUAAAUGGUUUGGGCCCUUGUUAAGUAUUAUGAGAGUUAUAGGGGCGGUUUUAGAGGGCUAUAUACACCUCUGUCCUGAUAACCAUAUUCCUACCUUGUUCCCCUGUCCUUCCCUCCAGGGGAAGAAAAGCCCUAGGAUCCUUGGUUGUGUUGAUGGGACCUAUUCCAGCCCUUUGAACCUUAGGUACCAUAUGAGAGAUAAGACCAGGUUUCCCAGCAUAGUGCCUCCUAGGUGCAGUGAAUGUGAAGAUGGACAAUGAGUGUGGCUAUGGUUGGAGUAGAAGCCAGACUUGUGGACAGCAGGCAGGUAAAUUUGUGGGAAGGAUGAGAAUUCCGCAGUGGUGGGAGGCUGGCUGGAUUGGGAAUGGCGAGAUAAACAUGCAGUUGGAAGAGAGGAGAUGUAAGUGUGGUACCUCCCCAAUGUCCCCACCCCAGCCUCCCACAGAGCACCUCUUCCCCUGCCCAGAACUUGCAUCCUCCUGUGAAGGCUCCCACCCUGAAUACUCUUGAGAGUUCGAAGGACUUGACUAAAUGGUGAACUUGGGAAAGUUGGGCUGUUUUAAGUCCAGGGAUGAGGCUUAAGACCUUAAUAACACAACACCUUCUUGUUUAAUCCACGAUUUAACCUUGGAAUCAGCCUUCUGAGAGCUGAGCUUCAGAGUUCAGUGAAAGAGUAGUUUCUGCACCCCACCCACCCACCCACCCCCAGUAGCCUUGGACUUUGGACAAACGAACGGACCAUAUCAGUGUUCUGAAAGUUACUGUAAGCCUGAAAUAAACUGUAUUUUUCUUUAAAAAA